UUGAAGUUGCAGCCAUGCACUGAUGCAGUGCGUCCAAGCUGCAAGAACACUCAAGAUCUGGACUGCACUGCCAAGGCGCCAACUUGCGCGUUGCCAUGUGGCUCUCAUGCUGCCCUGUCCUCUGGGGGAUGAAAGAUACAAGUCAACGUACCAUCAUGAUACUCCAUGGGGAAUUUUGACAUACUUUAUCUCAGCAAUUGGCAGGGUUGACCACCUUCUGAUUCUGAGCAACAUUUCAAUCAAAGCAGAGUUUUCAGCUCGCUGAUCUUCAACAUCUCCGCAAUGGCACACGCCAGGGGCUCUCAAGCUGCUUGCAGAUCACUGCACGGAUGCCCAGCGACCACUGCUGGGCUUGCGAGCGCUCAAUCUACACCACAAGCGACAAGAACGGCCUUUUCUGCACAUAGCCCACAAGCUUUCUUGGGACUGCGGGGCCCGGCGGCGUUCCCAGGUCAAUAUGUGCAAGCGAGGGACUUGCAGCGCUCAUGUCAGCUUCUCCCUUCGCCAAAUCUGCUCAGCCAUCAGCAGCCUCCAGCAAGGAAGUGCUCCAUUGAGUCACGCGGUCUCCCUGGAGUGUGCCGCGCAGCUGCAACAGGUGCCCCGUCGGCCGUGCCCCCCAGAUCCCCGUACUUUGACCCUCCCGGCUUUGUGGAUGACCUGACGUCUGCGGCUGAGAAGAGGGGCUGGAGCGAUUGGAUCAGCCGCCAGAUGGACCGCGCAGUCAAAGGCACUCCCUCACGGAACGACGGCCCCCGCCGCCAGUUCCUGAACCCCAGCAAGCCGAGUACCCCGCUGGUUGAGCCAGUCACAUACAAGGACAUCUCCUGGACGGCAUUCCCGCGCCAGGUCGAUGUGGACACAGGGUCCGACAGUGCCAGGUGGGCUGCCGCCGACAAGUCGCGUGACGUACAGGACGAGUACUGCGAGUGGAGCGUCACGCGGGACCCCGUCAGCAAACUCAUCACAAAGGUCACGUUCACAAGCGAGGGUCCCGAGUACUGGGACUACCUGGCGUCCGUGAAUCCGGACAAGGUGCUCGCGCUGUACCAGCAGCACAUCAGCGCUGACGUCAAGAAGGCCGACUUGUUCGACACGGAGGGGAAUUACAACCGGCGGAACAAGUGGAAUUCAACCACCACGCGUGGCGCUAUGCACCUGAUUCAGGACAGCAACUCCCUAAGCGCUGAGAUCGAACUCGCAGGGGGGUCGAGCAUCGUCCGGACAUCCGAUGGGCAGAUCCUGGAAGACAGUCAGGAUCUUAUCCAGUGCGGCCAGUACGGCGCACCCGGGCGCAACUCGGACCCCCACAUCGGCUCCGAGGUCAACGCGCUCGCGCGCGCCAACGCGUUCCUGACGCUCAAGAACCCGGUGGCGCUGUACAUCGACGGCCUGGACGCGUCCACGUGGACCACGCCGGACGGCACGGACGCGCAGUCCUUCUGGAAGGUGACACGUGGCGCCCCUGGGCUCGCCCUCCGGGCGGUUUACGAGGUGCCCAAAGACAAGGGCUACACCGUCGGGGAGAUACAGACGGCGCGCGGACAGAGGAUCGAAUACGGCGCCCAGAUCGCGGACUUCAUCCAGAUCCGCCUCACCGGCGCCGCGUGCCGCAUCGGUGAGGCGAACUUUGAGCCGGUGGAAGGCUGCGUGGGCUGACGGCGUUGCUGACGCAACUGGGCGGCACAGGAUGCACAGCGGCUAAGCCAGCUGGCUUAUAAGUUGAGCGUAGAGCAACAAUUCAGAGCAGCGCCGUGGGCUUUGCUUUGGAUUGGCAAUUUUGCUGUGCCAGUAAAUAUGUGUACGUAAUCUAUAUAAAAGUAGCGAGACAACAUUAAUCAACUGUUAGCUGUCAGAAAUCAAAUAACCAAUCAAUUUUUCUUCAAUCGCUGACCCAGACAUAAGACUUGCUCCGGGGCUCAUGCAGAAUUGUGAGUUGUCGACGGACGGUUGAGUCGGGCCGGGCACUUGGAGGCAGGCGCAGCUGCUAACCAGCGUUUUGCUUGACAUUGAAUCAUACGGGCAGCUGAGUUAAUAACGUGAGGACUGCGUCGAGGAGAGCCUGUGACGUAGCGACCGGAGAGUGCAUGGCGCCGCGGUGCGCGGCCAAGGCUUCCGGAUUUAAUUAUCCAACUUGUAUAUACCAUGCAUCACAAUAUCAAUUUUGUCUCAAGUAGUUAGCUUUCAUUAUGCAAGCUAGGUGUGACGUGGUCUGCAACGUACACGGAAAGAUUUUAUCGCCUGUUAAAGGAAUGGGACAUUGAAACGCUA